AUGCUCACCAUCGAAACAGUCACUCUUGCUCCAGGCCAGCGGCUUCCAUUAACUGUCGCCAACAACAAGGAUCAUCAUGAUCUUGACUGCUUCAAGCAGCCAACCAAAGAUUAUGACACAGACAUUCUUUAUGAUGCUCAGUCUGGACAGACAGCUCCACGCCCCGUCGUCGCCAUUCAAAGUGAUCGCACGGUCCUGUUUACUGUCAGAGUCAGGGUACCCCAAGAACUCCAGCACGGUCCCAUCGUGCUUUCGACAGACAAGAGCGGCAGUACAUGGUACUCAAGCUAUGACUUUGGGACUGACCCGGAUCCCGAUAUCGUCGUAUUCAACAUGAUGAUAGUGUACAGAGAUGGCCCCGGUGUUUGGAACCCUGGUAGCCUUCUAGGUCCAACUCAAUUCUACGUGUACAAUUAUCCAGGGGAUAGUAUGACACCAGUCCUCUGUCAAGAACAGCCAGCCAAGGUCCCCAUGGAACUCUAUUUCUUGUCAAAUGAGCUUCCGUCGUAUUUCAGUUCCGGAGUUCCACUUCUACUACUACAAAUAUUCUUGGGUGCGGCAGUGCAGCAAAAUAUUACAAAUGUACAGCAGUGGAUGGCAUUAGUCGUUAAAAUAUGUCACGGUUCUGCGAAGCCCAUCACAGGAGAGCCAGCAAACACACAAGACCAUUGGCUCAAAUACAACACUGCUGGCGGCGCUCCCAGCUUCGUGGUGCCCAACCCAGACAGCCCUGACCCAAUUCCGGUCUUGAGAUUGUUCAACAACUACGGUGGCUGCUUUCAGCUAUCGGCGUGGCUUGAUGCUUACAGAAACUACAAGCAGAUUGGGGCUCUUGCCCUUGUUAACUGUUAUGAUCAAGCUGGUGCUGUAGAACUAGCAGCAUCUCUUGGCGUUAACUAUGACUGCAUCGCUUGGGAGUUCCAUCAAACCUAUGGAUACAUAUCCAAAAAGAGCGAGCUUGUUGGCUGGGGACACUGUAACAAUCCCUACUUCGACAAAAACCCCAAAAACAAGGUGCUUGGAGAAAAGGAUACCGCCCGACAACCAUUUGCGAACCAUGCAUUUUUGUCAUGGAACCCAGAGUUCGAUCCAUCGAGCGCCUUCUAUCUUGACAAGACGGACCCUUCCACGUAUACGGAUGUCAACAUGUUGGCACUGGAUGCAUGUGCAGGCCCACAUCUAGGCAAUGAGACUCGAGGAGUUUGGGUGAGCCCAACGUCGUACCCGCCUGGCUAUACAGACAACUCGACGUAUUGGAAAACUCGCGACGACCAGUAUCCUGAUAAUGCCGCCACGCAUUUCGCCGGUUUGACAGACAGACAUUUCUGGACUCCUGGUAUUACCGGCCUCUCAUCCGACGACGCUCAGCGGUCAUACGGAGCUCUUCCUGCCGAUCCCUUUGCUGGAACUGGAAUAAUAUUCCCAACAGCUGCUGACUUCCCAGACUCGACCAUGGUACUCGGGGGCAGUGUAUCCGAUAUGCAGAGUUUCUUCACACGGGCCCUGAUUCAAUCGCAACCUGACACUACCGACUGGAAGUCGGUGCCCAUCGCCGACAUUCUGCUUCCCAACAACACCGGCGUUAUACGCGAGACAAAGCUCUACGAUCCCAAACAACCUGCAUUUGACUAUGCUUCCCUUAAGAUAUCUGUUCUGCCGAGUCUCUCUGAUGCCCUUACGUUCCAGAAAGCUCGGGCUGCUCAAGUCAUCAUAACAAGCACUAUGACUGCGAGUGACUUUACACCUAGCCUAAGCUCUCAGGCUUCCACCAGAAGAAUCCACAUAUUGCAGGCGGAUUAUACGAGCAUUCUAGUGUGCCUUAACCUCAUGGUUGAAAUUAGUGGUUAUAUCAGCCAGGAAGUAGUGCAAGGGCUAACUAACUCUAUGGCGCAACACCUUGAAGGUUUUCCAAGUGAGCCCAGCAACCAGUGGCAGCAAAUCUUACAGUAG